UUACUUUACCAAUCUAUAGAACCUGAGUUUAAUAAUAGCCCUCUUGAAAAACAAUUAAUUGAAACACUGAAUAAAAAUAAUAAUGAUAUACAAGGCGAUAAUAAUAUACAAGACAGUGAUGAUAAUAUAAACUGCCUUCUUUAUAGUUUGGAUAAGGUAUAUAAGUUCAUUGCCAAUCAAUUUCAAAAUGCAGAAAGUUUAAAUGAACUAGUAAAGUUAUCAUUCGAAAUUAAGCUGAAAUCAAAUUUUGUUAAUAGUAUAUUCCCAAACCAACAAGAAUUCCUCUCAAGUACAUUUGAUCCAGAAAAAAUUAAAAAAAAAUUUACCCAACUUGCAAAUAUUCUACUUAUGCCGCUAGAAUCUGGAUCUGGUUACUAUUGGGAGUUGUGA